GCUCCCCCAUACAAGUCCAUCUCCGCCUUGUCAAACAACUCAACAUCCCACUGCCAUACGGAUCUCUAUCAAGUCCAACAACAAACUACAAACAUCAUGAACCAUCUUCCACAAGCUUGGGGCCGUGUAUGCUAUCCAAUUUAAACUCACCUUUCGAAUACAGUUCACUGACUAGCUAUCAAUAGCCUAGAGACGACGUUUACGGUGCAUACGACAGUUCAUAUCUGCAGAACGGUGGACCAACUCAACAUACCCAACGACCUAUAGUUACUGGUACUUCGGUGGUGGCGCUUAAGUUCAAGGAUGGCGUUGUAAUCGCUGCGGACAACUUGGGUAAAUCACCUUCGCCAUUCCCAUAUGGGCCGGGCAUAGCUAACCUCAUCGUACAGCUUCAUACGGCUCCCUUGCCCGAUUCACAGAUGUCAAGCGUCUUCGAAAAUUUGCAGAGACAUCAGUUGUUGGAUUUGGUGGCGACGUAUCAGACAUGCAAUAUCUCGACCGACUCCUCAACUCACUCGAUAUCCAAGAAGCAUAUGGUUCAUCCGGCCAUACUCUUAACGCACAAAACCUCCAUACCUACCUUUCAAAAGUCCUGUAUAAACGUCGAUCUGACUUCAACCCCUUAUGGAAUCAGUUGUUGGUUGCAGGGCUUGAUGGGGAGAGCAAGCCGUUCUUAGCAGCUGCCGAUUUGCUCGGUACUACGUUCAGUUCGCCCAGUUUAGCAACAGGAUAUGGUGCACAUUUAGCUCAACCACUUUUGAGAAAUGUUGCACCAGAUGAAGAAGCUGCUUCAAAAUUGUCUUUGGAACAAGCGUUGGAGGCAGUGAAGGAGUCGAUGAAGGUCUUGUUCUACAGAGACGCAAGAAGUAUGGACAAGUAUUCUAUCGCUGUGAUCACGAAGGACGGUAUUGAUCUAAAGGAGAAUGAGCAACUUGAGAAGCAGAGUUGGGCAUUGUGAGUACUCCAAACAUCAGUUUCUUAGAACACCACUAAUACAUAAGAUAGCGCAGAUCAGAUCCGGGGCUAUGGUACUCAGGUCAACUGAGAUGUUUUUGCUUCGCUGUACUAUUAGACCGCAAUGAUAUGAAGCAUGACAACAGCACUUUUCCUUCUGACUACGAUUGAUAAUACCUGAUUGAGACAUUGAUAACGAUUGAAGUCUGGAUAUAACGAACUCAUAGUGACCAUGACUGUUCUCACGGAAGCGAGAUAUUGUAUGUGCCUUUGUAGGGGAUGACUUACCGGAAAGACUUCCAUAAUUGACACUUGUCUCUGGC